AUGUUUCUGACUCAGAUCGCCGGAUUGAUUGGCUUGCUGGGCGGAGUUGAUAGCUUAAGCAUCGACAACAUCCGAGGCUUGGUUCGUCUCAACGAAGAGAGAGGAAUUGCGGCCAAUGUAACCUGCCCUACGGACUACACGGCAUACGCCAGCGUCGGCCAUGCGCCGUACUCGGCAGGCAAAUACCAUUUGCCCUAUCAGCGUCCUCCACCAGAAUGCCGCACUUUCGUGUCCGAGGCUGUCGAAGACACUAUCCAACAAAUGAAGAAAGUUAUAGCCGACCCAGACCUCUUCCGGCUGUUUGAAAACAGUUACCCGAAUACACUAGACACAACUGUGAAGUGGACAGGCAAGGCGCAAGACUCGGAUGAGGAACUCACGUUCAUCAUAACUGGAGACAUUGAUGCAAUGUGGAUUCGCGACUCGACCUCUCAAUUGCAUUCCUACUUGCCUUUCCUCAGUAAUGCGUCGUCUCGAGACUCUUUUGCCUCCCUCUUCCGCGGAUUGAUUAACCUUCAAGCUCGUUUCCUCCUCGAAGCACCGUACUGCAACGCAUUUCAGCCACCUUUGGAAUCUGGUCUCCCACCGGUGAAUAAUUCAGGCGCCUCAGCCCAAACUACCGUGACUCCGACGCCCAACAACAACACGAUUUUUGAAUGCAAAUAUGAGCUCGACUCAAUAGCAUCUUUCCUCCAAUAUUUCGACGCCACUAAUGAUACAACAUUUUUCACAAAUUACAAAUGGAUGGACGCUCUACAAGCCGUCUUGAAGGUCGUUGAAGACCAAACCUAUCCAACAUACGCAACAAAUGGUUCAGUCGUUAUCGCACCAUACACCUUCUCAGCUUUCACAGAUCGUGCCACAGAAACACUCAGCAACAACGCAUAUGGUAACCCUGUUCAUGGAGGCACCGGACUAGUACGCUCAACCUUCCGACCCUCUGAUGAUGCAUGUAUCUACGAACUCUUCAUUCCGGCCAAUAUGAUGUUGGCCGCGAAACUGGAGGCCACCAUUCCCAUCGUCGAGUCCAUCGGCGAUCACGACGACUUGGUUCAUACAAUGCAGAACCGUGUUGACCUGAUCCGGAAUGGCAUCCGUACUAAAGCCAUUACUGCUGAAGGUGUCUUUGCGUAUGAGAUUGACGGCUUCGGUAGCGUCAACUCUAUGGAUGAUGCGUCAGUACCUAGCUUGGUGUCCGCUCCAUAUAUUGGUUACCUCUCCCGCAGUGACCACACUUACCAAGCAAGCCGGCGAAAGAUUCUGAGCACCAGUAAUCCAUACUACAUGCAGGGACCUGUAAUCAACUCGGUGGGCAGCCCCCACAUUGGGCCCGGAUGGGGCUGGCCAAUGGCAACGACCAUGCAGAUCCUUACCAGUGAUGACGACGAAGAAAUCAAGCAAUGUCUGGAAACCCUGGUCAGUAGUACCAACGGCCUUGGACUAAUCCACGAAUCUAUAUUCACUUUUGAUGAAUCCAAUUUUACUCGGCCUUGGUGA